UCUUGGCUAAGUUGUGGUUAGGAUCCAAUCUCAUCAGAGCUCCAUGGUUUCCUCGGAGAAGAAGGAGAAGAGAAUCUCGAAAGCACAGACCUUUAUUCACAUGCAUCACAACACACGUCGAAUCCCAUAAACCAUACAACCCAUCUCAAACCCGACCUCACUACACAUACUGCAAUACUACGGUGAUCCAUGCUCGCGCUCCCACCCUUAAUAAACUCUAAAGCUGAAGAGAAAGAAGGCUUCUCCGACGCCAUUCCCGGCGAUGACAUCCUCGACAGUAUCAAUUUCAGCUGCAUCUUCGAAAACUUCGACGUCGAUGGAGAUCUCUUUCCUACAGAGCUCCAGUUCUCUGAACCUCAACACAUCCUUCCCGAGUUCUCCGCAGAAGGAGAAGAGCAAGAGAAUAGUAGUCAGUCGCAGAAGAGGGAGGAAAAGAAAGAUGAAUUAAGUGCGACGGGGAAGACUGUGAAACGAUCACAUGGGAAGAAGAAAGUGAAGGUGGAUUGGACGCCGGAGUUGCACCGGAGAUUUGUGGAGGCGGUGGAGCAGCUGGGAGUGGACAAGGCCGUGCCUUCGAGGAUAUUGGUGAUUAUGGGAAUUCAGAACCUAACAAGGCACAACGUGGCUAGCCAUCUACAAAAAUAUCGAUCUCACCGCAAGCAUUUGGUUGCUCGAGAGGCAGAGGCGGCAAGCUGGACUCAGCGGCGGCAACUAUAUGCCUCCGCAGCUGGAAGACGCAACACCAGAAGCAUUAUAAUGAAGAAAGAAAAUAGUACAAGGAUUGCACCAACAAUAGGCUUCCCUCCUCCACCUCCUCCAUUUCACCCACAAUUCAGACCACUGCAUGUAUGGGGCCAUCCGACCACCGGCCGCCGGCCAAUGUUUCAGCAGGCAAUGUGGACUCUUGGACAUGCUGCAACUCCUCCAUGGCCUCCUCAUCUACCAAAUUAUAUUCCCUAUUUGCAGCCGAAUUAUAGACUUUUGCAGGGUGCAGCAGAAGGAUGGGGGACAAGUGCAGUCAUGUCCACACCUCUCACGCCUUUUCAAUUGCCUGCAAUUAGAUUUGCACCUCCACCAGUAGCAGGAGUUCUUGCUCAUCCUACCUAUGGAUCUCAGCACUUGGUUUCUCCUUUGAAGCAGCAUUCGAAUUUGCAGCCGGAGCACAGUGAUUACCCAUCUAAGGAGAGCGUAGAUGCAGCUAUAGGCGAUGUUUUAGCAAAGCCAUGGUUGCCGCUGCCACUUGGGUUGAAGCCUCCCUCCACUGACAGCGUGCUCCUCGAACUGCAAAGACAACUAGGCUGCAAUCCUGAUGGAAACUAAUAUAGCCUUAAUUUGGAUCUCUUUUCUUCAGGAAAAUGGUAAGCAGAAAUCCGUCGACCUUUCCUGUAUAGAUAUUAUAUUUACGUUUUUGCUUUUUUUUUUUAAUUGGGGCAAUUACAAACAGACACCCUUGGAAACAUUGAUAUUUACAAAUUAAUCACCUGGAAGGUUUCUUUGAACUAAGAAUUGAUGUACUUACAUGUGGCACGAUCAAACUAUUGUGAACUUGAGAAAAAUGAUAAAUAUGAGUUGCGGUGUAAUCAUGAAUUUUGAUAUUUGAGUGAGAAUUUGAA